AUGUGGCUGGCUCUUGGACUGCUGUUGCUGCUUAACGAUGCCAUAGCUUCGAACUCAAGCUUCCCAACUUUCGCAGAUGUGUGGCAAUCGAUACAUUACCUGCCCCGGAAGUCGAACGUGAGGCGUCAGCGCGCUAUAUCACCCACCACGCCUUUCCCCUGCGCGAGCUCCAUCCCCUGGGGUAGGAGCUCCAAACGACCGACGUCCGUGCACCGCUUGAGGCCAGGGGACAUUGACGUGGUGGCCGCCAUCGGGGACUCGCUGGUGGCGGGCAGCGGGGCCCUGGAGGAGUUUGCCCUGGGUGCCAUCGUAGAGUACCGUGGGGUGUCCUGGUGUGCAGGCGGCGAUAGCACCUGGCGGGAGUUCCUGACCCUGCCCAACAUCCUGAAGGAAUACAACCCCAACCUGCGGGGCUACUCCACCGGCACGGGGGAGUGGCUCGCCAAGAACUCCAGGCUGAACGUGGCCUUCCCAGUGGCAUCUGACGAGGAUGCCUACAAACAGGCCAAGAUCCUGGUGGCACGGAUGCGCGCGUCCCCCGACAUCGACAUGGAGCGCGACUGGAAGAUGGUGACGGUCUUCAUCGGGGCCAACGACCUCUGCUCGGCGUCCUGCUUGUCACCGGUGGCCUGGUCGCCGGCGGCGCACGCUCGGAAGCUGGCGAGGGCCCUGGACUACUUCUACGAGCACCUGCCCAGGACCAUCAUCAACCUGAUCCCGGUGCUGGACGUGUCCGUGUCGGUGCGCGUGGUACGUCCGCUGAUGUGCCGGCUGAUGCACUCGCUGUUCUGCACGUGCUUCCACCGCGGCGGCGGCGAGCUGGCGGACCUGGUGCGGAUGGCGCGCCAGUACCAGAAGGCGGAGGUGGCGCUGGUGGAGUCCGGGCGGUACGACCGGCGCGAGGACUUCACGGUAGUGGUGCAGCCGUUCAUGAGGCUGUUCAACGCGCCCGCGCCCCCCCGCCAGCCCCUGCCGCUCGUCAUCCACCGCUCCUACAUCACCCACGACUGCUUCCACUUCUCGCAGAAGGGCCACGCGCUCGCCGCGAAUCUUCUGUGGAACAAUCUGCUCGAGCCAGUCUACAACAAGUCUGACAACGUGCCACCAGUCCUCCUGAAGUCUUUCCGCUGCCCCACCAAGGAGGCGCCGUUCUUCUUCACCGCCAAGAACUCCAGGAGCUACCAGCUCAGCGGGCGUCAGGAGGGCGCGGAGGACUUA